AAAUGGGUUUAGGGUUGUGGCCCAAAAUUUAAUCAAAACAUACAAAAUCUGCUUUCUUCCCGCCUUCCCGCCCCUCUUAACCUUCUCUCUCUGUUCAUAUCUUCUCUCUUCAGACUGACACACCCGAACAACGAUAAGAAACGUUUUGGAGAGAGAAAGGAGGUGGGUGUUUUCAGCUUCGUAACUGAGGAUCUUUUAGAGGUAGAAGAGAAGUGUAUUGAAGUUCUAAUGGACCUAAACACACCCAAUAAGAACCAAAUCCCCGCUACUAACCCCUUCUCUCAAUUUGAGGAUUCUCCUGUGUUUAAUUACAUCAACAAUCUCUCACCAAUUGAGUUAGUCAAGUCCAUGCACAAUGGUCAAGCGUUCAACUUUCCGUCUUUUGCAUCCCCUCUAUCUGUAUUUGCUUCACCUCAGCUUAGUUCCCAAAGUGAUGCUAGAUCAUUUAUGAGAAGGGAUCAAUUCCCAGAGCCUUCAAAACCCGAGCUCCUUCAAAGUAAAGAAGAAAAUGACACAAGUAUAGGGGUUUUUGAGGCUGCUCAAUUGACUGGUUUGAGUGUUGAACAUUCAGAAUGCUCCACUCCUGCAAAUUCAAGUAAAGGGGUUAUUACUAAGCUGCCUGGUGAGCACAUGGAAUUAGCAAUUGAGGAGCCAGACACUUUGAAAUAUUAUUGUGCUAGCCCAGAUGAUAACAUUAUCAUGGUGCCUCUCAAAGCAAUUAUUGAGCCUCAGAUGGCAGGCGAUCCAAAUGACAGAUAUUGUUUGCGUAAAAGUGAAAAAGACUUGUGUAAAAUUGGCCGAACUGGGCAGAAUGAAGAUGAAGCAGGAUGUGAUUGGGUGGCUCUGAUUUCCGAUGUAGCUGAUAUCUUGACCUUGGAGCCAUCCAUUGAUGAGGAAUCAGCUGAGAAGCAGAAAAUGGUGGAUCCUGGGACCAUAUCUUUUAUCUCAAAUGUCCUACAGGCCCCACAGGACAACAGCGAAGAUUCAGAGACUUCCUAUUAUGCAGGUUCUUCCCAGCAAAGGGAAAUUGGAGAGCCAGGAAUUCAGCCAGUAGAAUCUGGGGAACAGAAUGAAGCAGAUCAGACACCAUCUGUAUUCUCUGGAACUUUACCAGAUAAACCAAUAGUCAAUGAUGCGGCUGCAAAAGUGGAUAUCAGGGGGAAAAGCUACCAGUCCAGCAGCAAGCAGCAGCAUAAAAUACGAAGGAGGUGCCUGCUUUUUGAGAUGGGAGCUCAUAAAAAGAAAUUAGCAUUUGAAUCUAGUAGUUCAACCUCAUCACAAUCAGAUCACAUGGGUGCAAGCAUAGAAAAGCAUGCAACUCCAAGGACAGAUAAAGGAAAAACAUUGUCUGCAUUACCUGGAAGGGGUAUUGGUUUGCACUUGAAUGCUCUUACAGCUACAAGCAGUGGUAAUGCUGUCAAGAUUGAGACUCUAGCUUCUGGAAAGCAAGAAAUAAGCCAGCCUCCUUCCCCUCCUGCACACAUGGCAUCUGGUUUAGAUCCUGUUAGUAAAUCCUUAGCUCUGAUUACUGUGGAAACAGAUUCUGUUCCUUUUGAUAACGAAGAUAAGGUUAUGGAAAAUGUUCCUCAGACAUCAAUGGUUGUGACCGAAGAAUUUGGCAUAAGCAGUCCCAAAAUGAAGAGGCAAAAAUUUGAAUAUCUUGGAGCAUCAUCAUCAUCAUGCAAGCGCUGCAAUUGUAAGAGAUCAAAAUGCCUAAAGCUUUAUUGCGAAUGCUUUGCUGCUGGUCUCUACUGUAUUGAGCCUUGUUCGUGUCUAGAGUGUUCUAACAAUCCUGCUCAUGAAGAUACUGUUCUGGAAACUCGCAGACAGAUUGAGUCUCGCAACCCUCUUGCGUUUGCUCCCAAAGUGAUUAGAAACUCGGAUUCUGUUUCUGAAUUUGGGGAGGAGACUAAUAAAACUCCAGCUUCAGCCAGGCAUAAAAGAGGAUGCAACUGUAAAAAGUCAAGUUGCCUAAAGAAAUACUGCGAAUGCUUUCAGGGUGGUGUUGGUUGCUCUUCCUACUGUAGAUGUGAAGGAUGCAAAAACACCUUUGGUUGCAAGAAUGGAGUGGAAGAAAAUGACCUCAAAUGGGGGGAAUCUAAAAUCCACGAGAACAUAUCAAACCUGAAUUUCCUUGAUAUAAUUGAAAAGGGUGAAGAUCAUCCAGAUCUUCUGGUACCUUCUAAAGAUUCCAGGUCUCCAGUUCAUCCACAAAUCCCCACCAGUGGGCAGCUCUCAGGGUCUUCCCUUUGCGAUGUUGGUCCAUCAACUAAAAUGCGCCCUAUCCAGAGAUUUAGAACAAAUUUUUUCUAUCACCAGCCUAAAUAUGAGAAGCAUCUUCAGGUAAUUCCAGAAGAUGAAACUCCUGAGAUUCUGAACAGAAAUUGCUUGCCUACAAGUGGAGUUAAGUCAGUCUCUCCAAACUCCAAAAGGGUUUCUCCUCCUCAUCAUGGUUCUGGGCCAUCAACUACUUGGAGGAGGGGUAGAAAGUUGAUUCUGAGAUCUGUCUCUCCAUCCCCAUCUCUCAACCCACCAUGUGAGCAAUGAACUUCAACCUCUCCUAUGACAUGCUGUCUUGUGAUGCAAAGGCAUGCUGUUUACUUGUUUGAGUUUCAGCUAUUAAUCAAGUUUCUCAUUGUAUAAUAGUACAAUAAGAAUUCGCUUCCCCAUAAUGCUAGCCCCUGUAGAACUUAUUCCAUGAAAAUCUAUGCCGUGUCUAUAAUAGAUGUGUUUACAAGAUGAAAGCCGUGCCUGUAGCAUAACUAUACAUUUGUAUAAAUUGGUCGUUAAAAUUAUUAGUUUUCAUUUGUUUG